AGUAAUGAGAUGGAGGUGACGUCAAUAAUGGCCAGACUCUCUCUCACGGAAACUGAUAUUAAAGCUCAACCUUCACCCGCUCUGGUUGCGUCUCCGCGGACGCCUCCUCAGCCCCAAACGCCUCCUCAGCCCCAAACGCCUCCUCAGCCCCAGACGCCUCCUCAGCCCCAAACGCCUCCUCAGCCCCAAACGCCUCCUCAGCCCCAAACGCCUCCUCAGCCCCAAACGCCGCCUCAGCCCCAGCCGUCUUCAUCCUCUCAGCAAAGUAAUGAGAUGGAGCUGACAUCAAUAAUGGCCAGACUCUGUCUCACGGAAACUGAUAUUAAAGCUCAACAUUCAUCUCCUCACGGGCUGUUGGCUGAUGUCACGCCACCUCAGGCCCAACUUUCACCUCCUCACAGACAAGCGCCUCCUCCCGCCUCACCUCCACAGUGUUGCGCUUUUAAGCGUCCGCCUCCUCCGUCACAGGAUGAGAUGAAGCCGACGCCAAAGACGGACAGUCGGAAUAGGCUGGCGGCUGAGGUCACGCCGCCUCCGGCCCAGACACCAUCGUCCGCUCAGCAAAAUAAAGCAGACACUGCCGUGGCCGACUGUUCUUCAGUGUCUCAACCUUCAACUAAUAACAGUCGGCCAAUCCGGCAAGUGUCUCCUCCCGCCUCUCCUACAAAGCGUCGUGCUCCUAAGCGUCCGGCGUCUUUACAGGAUGAUCCGGAUGAGAUGCAGCCGACGCCAAAGAGGCCCAGACUGUGCAAUACAGAUAUUAAAGCUCAACAUUCAUCUCCUCACGGGCUGUUGACUGAUGUCACGCCACCUCAGGCCCAACUUUCACCUCCUCACAGACAAGCGCCUCCUCCCGCCUCACCUCCUCAGCGUCGUGCUGUCAAGCGUCCGGCGUCUUCACAGGAUGAUCCGGAUGAGAUGGAGCCGACGCCGAAGAGAAAGAGGCUAAAUGGGCUGUCGACUGAGGUCACGCCUCCUCCGGCCCAGACGCCAUCAUCCACUCGGCAAAAUAAAGCAGACGCUGGGGAGGUCGACUGCUCUUCUGUGCCUCAGUAAGUCUUUAUUUCAGCAUUAAUCUUUGUUAAACUACAUUUAGUUUUUUAUUUUAGAUGUUUUAGCGCUUGAAUGUUUGAAUUCUCACAGUACUUUCAUAUGU